GUGUGCCACAGGUGAGGCGUGGCAGGAGAUCAUGCUGGCCAGCCUGCCGGGCAAACGCUGCGACCCCGAGUCGGACGCGGAGCCGGGGGAGGAAUUUACCUGCGGCAGCAACUUCGCCAUCGCUUAUUUCAUCAGCUUCUUCAUGCUCUGCGCAUUCCUGAUCAUCAACCUGUUCGUGGCCGUCAUCAUGGACAACUUCGAUUACCUGACGCGGGACUGGUCCAUCCUGGGCCCGCACCACCUGGACGAGUUCAAGCGCGUGUGGUCCGAGUACGACCCGGCUGCCAAGGGCCGCAUCAAGCACCUGGACGUGGUGACGCUGCUGCGCCGGAUCCAACCCCCACUGGGCUUCGGGAAGCUCUGCCCCCACCGCGUGGCCUGCAAGGUCUGGGGGGGCUCCCGUGGGGGGCCCUGGGGUGGUCCCGGGUGGGGGGCACCCGAGUUUACCCUCCCUGGUCCCCCCCCCAGCGCCUGGUGGCCAUGA